AUCCUCUACUGCCAACCAGUGUCCACCGGCAACCGCAGCCCCCGGGGGCAGUCAGGUAGGUCCCAGAGCCAGCCCACACCAGCCCCCCUGGCCCCCACAGGACUCAUUAUGGCUCCUGGCCACCAGUACGCCUAGCUCCGCUGGAAUCUGAGCACGGCCAAUACUAAUGAGGUGAAAAUAGGUGUUUGUGGUCAGCAUGUGCUGAUGCUACAAUUACUGUAGUCUCUUGCCAUGGUUCUCCUACAGCGACUGUGGGAAGAGUAUACAAAAUACUACAAUAAUCAACUAUACAUUCAUAAAUAACAAACAGGUAAUUUUCAGUAAUUGAUUCCCUUGAGUUUUAAUGACCAAGUGUUGAAAUACACUACAAGUUUACAUUUCCUGAUGUGCAGCAAAAUUCUCAACAACAAAAGAGUGAUCAAAUGAAGAUCCUACAUCUGUAUGUGAAGGCAGGGAAGUGCACAAAAAACUUCACAUCUUUUUGACUGAUUUUAAGGACCUGUUGAAUUUUUUUCAUCCAUCUCUAUGCAUGCUAGUCACGUUACCACCUUUCCUAAACCCUUUGUCUCAGGUUCAUCACAGGUAAAGACAGGUACCUGUAAAGUGGUGGACGCCCAUCGCUGCUGAAAUAAGAACAAGAUUGAGGAGCGCUCUCAAACAGUCAAGUGUUCCUGCUUCCCUGACCAGGUCGCCGGGACAACAAGGGCAAUGCCCUCUUGUGUUGAAGGUAGGAUGCUUCAUAUAAGAUGGUAGAGUUUCAGUACUUCAGGGGUUUGUAUUACACCAACAUAUUGUCAAUGUUACAGUUGUUAUCUCGCCCAUUUUUCCAGGCGGAAAUCAGUGUUUCUUGAAGUGCUCUCCAAACAACACGCUGCAUCUCAUCUCACUCCAAGUGACUGACUGCCCACUGUGCUGUGUUCUCUCCUGUUCUCUUCAGCAUCCAUCAUGCGUCAGAAGUGGUGGUACCAGAUGCAGCCCUGUUUAAAGGGAGAGGAGUGUAAAGUACUGCCUGAUCUCACUGGCUGGUCCUACAGCUCCGGAAACAAAGUCAAGACCACCAAGAUUAGUUUA